CUAUAUCUAUGAGCAGCGGAUGAUUCCCUGACAAAACCGAGUUGGACUCCAAUACCAAGAGGACGCACAAGUUAAAAUUAAACCUUGAGUCUAAUUGAAAUACCACUUAGAUUUGACGAAGUCUGAUUUCCUUGUCGACUUCUCGCGACUUUACUUACUGUACUUCUGAAUUCUGUUCGGUGGAGUUAACACACGCGUAGGCCUACACCCUUUUACUUUUAGUUUUAGUUUUACCGUACCGGUACGGUACCCAAUUUUUGGACGAGUCGCUCGCCUGUAUCUUCCCGCUGCUGGCCGUCCAGAUUAGCCUUAGCUUAGCCUCGCUGUGCCACUCACAAGUCAGUGGCUUAGCCUUGUCAUGAAGAUGGGUCGGAUUAAAAGUCAAGAAGGCUGCGGCCGCUGGGGCUCAAGUGUGGACAUCGGUCAUAUUUUAUUUAUUGCUCUGCUUUUCUCAAUGAUCCUGAUUUCAAAUUCAACUUCAAGUUCAAGCCGAAGCAAGAUCAAGACUCAAGAUUAUUUUCCAUGCAGCAAGAGGACGUUUGCUUCUGGAGAUAGUUUUGUAUGCCAGUGUAACAGUACAUACUGUGACACAAUUGAAGGAUUUCUACCACUUGUUCCUGAUCGUUUUACCUACUAUACUUCUAGUAAAUCGAGUGAUCGUCUUACAAAGCGCACAGCACCAAUAUCAUCAAAAUCUAAUGCCACAGCAUCUACAGUUAUUUUGACAGUUAAUACAUCAUCCUUGUAUCAGACUGUGUUGGGGUUUGGUGGUGCUGUGACAGACUCUAUGGCCCUUAGUGUUAAGAACCUAUCUGAAGCAAGCCAGAACAAACUCAUAAGGUCUUACUACUCUGCUGAUGGUCUAGAGUACACAUUCUCAAGGAUCAACAUAGGAACGUGUGAUUUCUCGCAGCGACCAUACAGUCUUUGUGAGUCAGAAAAUGAUUUUGAUCUGGCAAACUUUUCUCUAGCUGAUGAAGAUAUCAAUUAUAAGAUCCCUGUUCUUCAAGCAGCCAUGAAAGCUAGUGUACGACCUCUAAAGUUCUUCUGUACACAGUGGUCUCCUCCAAAAUGGAUGAAGACGAGUGGUACCUACCGAUACAGAGGACAGGUCAUUGGGGAACCUGGUGGCAAGUAUUACAAGACACUUGCCUUAUAUCUAGCCAAGUUCAUUGAAGGCUAUGCCAAACACAACGUGAGCAUGUGGGGUAUGACAGUACAGAACGAGCCAUGGGCGGGGGCUAUCAAGGACCAACCCAAUGCCUGUAACUACAUGACCCCUCAGAUUGAGAGAGACUUUGUGAAGCUUGAUCUGGGUCCCACCCUGGAGGAACGUGGUCUGGGGAAUGUCAGUAUCAUGAUGCUGGAUGAUCAGAGGUUUGAACUUCCCGAGUGGCCUGUUGUGGUUCUUGGUGAUUCUGAGGCCGAGAAGUAUGUCAGGGGUAUCGCUGUUCACUGGUACUGGGACAAACAGUCUCCAACUCUCAAGUUGGAUCUCACCAACAAUCUCUUCCCAAAUAAAUUUAUUCUUUACACCGAGGCUUGCCAGGGAACCUCUGAGACGCCUGGUGUUAAGGUGUCCCUGGGAAGCUGGGAACAAGGAGAAGGGUACACCCAGAAUAUCAUACAGAAUAUGAACCACUGGGUGACUGGUUGGGUGGACUGGAACAUGGCUCUUAACAUCCAGGGAGGCCCAAGCUGGAUUGCUCAUAAACUCAAUGCUCCUGUCAUUGUUGAUGCAGAGUAUGAUGUAUUCUACAAGCAACCCAUGUAUUACCAUCUAGGUCACUUUAGUAAGUUCGUACCUCCUGAUUCUGUUAGAGUAGAACUUGAGAUGGACCAGAAUGAGGAACAAAAACUUGAGGCUAUCUCCUUCUUAAGACCAGACGGUUUGGUAGUUCUGGUCGCCAUCAAUGUGCAAGAAGACCCGAUUCCCAUCACCAUCAACCAUAAUGCAACAGGAUUUCUCAACUCAGUCGUUCCGGCCCGCUCAGUACAAACAUACCUCUGGAAGCCAGCUCACUCUUAACACUAGCUCUGAUGGAUAAAGACAACCCAGCACAGUACAGCUUCUCAUUGGCUUAUAACCAAAUAUGUAUUAAUUAUCUAUCCACAAGACCUCAUACAGUACAUACCAUAUUUUCUCAUUCCAUUGCUAUGUUUACCAUGAAUACUUGUAUAUCUCAUCAUCGAGAACUAAGAUGGAGUCAAAUUUGCAAUAAUUUCUAAAUAUUGUUAGAUUGUUUAUAUUUUCUAUGCAACAUUUUGUAUUUUUAUAACUCACCUUUGUACUCAAACAAAUUGUAUGACAACCUGUAUGUACAAUGUAUCACUAUCAACCAUUAUUAACAGUGCACAAACAUUUUAGCUGGAGGAAGUUAAGUUCCAAAUACUAAUGUAAAUAUACACUAUACAGGUAUGUAUUAAUCUGCAUCAUUACGUUUUGUGUGAAUGACAAAGUGCAAUCAUGAAUUGAAUCAUUUAUCAUUGUCCAUUUCAUGGGGAUUUCUUUAUUCUUUUUUGAAGUGCAGAUAUUCCAUAUGACAAACGUAUAUUUUACCCUACAUCACUUACCUCUGUGUCCUUUUUUUGUUAGAUUUUGUCGCGGACUCACUGUUCAAUCUUAUGUUUUAUUCCUGAUGUUUAUGAAGGAUGCAUACUCAAAUGCCUCAGUUCUAGUGGUUUAUAGAUAUACUUUAUUUGGGGAGGGAUGUGAUGAGAUCAUAAUUGUGAGUAAUUUUGUUAAUCUUCCUCUGCAUUUUUUGCAGAGAUGCCAAGUUCAAAAAA